AUGAGAAGUAAUUUCACCAUUGUCUGGGGACAAGUGAACAGCACAUGGCAAGACACUAUAGAAGUUGCGUUUGUAGCUGCCAGUUGUCUGGUUUUGCUGGUCACUUUGCAGGUUGGAUUUCUGGCUAACUUGUUCGUGGCGUGGGCCGUGCACCACCAGAAGUCGCUCCAGACGUCCAACAACGCUCUCCUGGUCAAUCUGGCCGUUAUUGACAUCUUGCGAUGCGCUAUUGAUUGUCCAUUGCUUCUCAGUGUUGUUUUGAGCGCUCGCGACCUCGGUGUGCUUUUCUGCAGCGCGCAGAUCGCGUCGUUUUCCCUCGUCUGUUGCGUGCAGUUGCUCACACUGGCGUGCAUCAGCGCCGAGCGAUAUCAAGCCAUUGCACAUCCGUUUAAAAAUGCCGAGCGCCGAAAACGGAUAACGGUGUGGAUUGCAUUGACAUGGCUUCUUCCCAUCUCCAUAUCGGUCAUUUGCGUGAUUUUUGCGAAAGACUCGCCGGUGUACGUCAGAUGCAGAGGUUUGCGCAUCGACACGUUAGACUCGUACGACACGUUUGGAGUUUACAUUUUGACUCCCAUCUGGUGCGUUUGUUUGACGGUCAUCAUUGGAUUCUACGGCCGUAUUUUCCUUUUAGUCAGAGCGCACGGUCGGAAAAUAUUCGAUAAGGGUUCGCUUCCACCACCGCAUAAGAAGAAAGAGGAUACAAAGCACAAAAAAGAAGAAAAAAAGACUGAUAUUCAAAAUGAUGCAGAAAAACAACAAACAUUCGAUAGUGAUCAAUUAAAACCGAAUGAAAAAGAGUCAUGUGAAGAGAAUCCACUGGAUUUGCAUCCAACAUCUGAGGAACUUACCACAACAUUUGGGACUGACUCGUUGGAUAUAAACAAACCAGAGCUUGCCACUGAAAUAUCAAGAGAAACCAAAGUCACCUUUAUAGAUGAACUUUCCAAUUAA